AUUAGUGUGGGGUACACUUGGUUGGAAGUCGCGUGGGUAUGGUGAUAUUAGCGUGGAAACAACUCGACGAAUCUGAUAAAAGAGCUUCAUCCGUUCAUCCUCACUUUCUUUUAUUAUUUCACCAAUCAAUCCCGCCCAUUACCUUCUCUCUUCAUCGAUUUCCUCGCACUAAACCCUAAUUUUCAUAUGCACUUUGGUCUCUUCGAUUAACUUCUCUUUCUUCAUCUCGAUUUUGUCCGCUUCACGAGGCAGGUGUGCUAGAAAUGGCAAAAGGUAGCAGAGUGAGGCGCAGGAUUUCUUCCCGACAAUUCAGGCUGACUCCAUACUCAUUGCUAUCCUCUAAUCGUGGUAUUGCAGAGGAGAUGUGUACACAAAAGUGCUCCAAAGCCUUGGAUAAGAAGGACUGGGAAGAUGCAACAUGUUCUGUGUGCAUGGAGUGCCCGCACAAUGCUGUUCUUCUCCUCUGUUCUUCUCAUGACAAGGGUUGCCGGCCCUACAUGUGUGGAACGAGCUUCCGAUAUUCGAAUUGCCUUGACCAGUACAAGAAAGCCUACACUAAAGUAAUCCCAUCCGAUCAUGGUCAGUCCUUGCCUGGUUCAGUCAAUAAUCCAAUUGUGUUACCUGAUUCUAGCUUACCCUCAGAGAAGUGUGAAAUUAUGGAGCUUGCAUGCCCCCUUUGCAGAGGCCAGGUGAAAGGGUGGACAGUUGUGGAACCUGCUCGAGAAUAUUUAAAUGCAAAGAAGAGAAGUUGUAUGCAGGAUGGAUGUUCUUUUGUUGGAACUUACAAAGAGCUAAGGAAACACAUGAAGGCUGAUCACCCUUCUGUGAGGCCACGUGAAGUGGAUCCCAAUCUUGAACAAAAAUGGAUAAGGCUUGAGCGAGAGCGUGAGCAGGAUGAUGUGGUCAGCACAAUAAGGUCAACAAUGCCAGGUGCAAUGGUUUUUGGAGACUACGUAAUAGAAGGAAAUCAUUAUGGUUUUGACACAGAUGGAGAGGAUGGGAGAUUUGAUGCAGAUACUGCAGAUAGGGAUGGAGGUUUUGAGGUGGGCUUUGAUAGUAAUUUGGUGAAUGUUUUUCUGCUAUUGCAUGCAUUUGGGGCAUCAGGGAAUGACCUUGGUAGACGAGCAAGGCAGAUAGAGAGGAAUUUCCGCCACACAUCAGAUGAGGCUGAUAUUGGAAUCCGCCAUUUGACUCCUAUUGGUGGCUUAGAUUACUCUGAUGAAGAUGAAGAUGAUGGUAACAAUAAUGACCAUGGUGGUCUUUCCCUAGUUAGCCGUGUCCGCCGACACAGCAGAGUUCUGUUGAACCGUUCAGGUAGGAGACGUAGACGUAGAGAAAUCAAUGAGGUUAGAAACAUAUAAAAAAAAUGGACUGAAAACAGAGGGGGAAACAGGAAAAAAUUUCGUAGAUAUAAUAGAUUUAGGAGAAAGAAAAAAUUAGAAAAAGACAAAAGAUAACAAGCAUAAAAGGAAUUUGACUUCACAUUUGGAUGCAUUUUACUUCUUAUUUGCAUUGCACAGUUUGCAUGAUUGAUGGCUGGGAAAAAUGUGGUCAAAAGAGUUCUUGUUUUUCUUUGGCUGUUGUGUAAUUUCAGUUCUAAUUUUUCCUUCGACCUCCUGUAUGAUUAACUAUGAAUAUUCUUGAUUGUGGAAAUUUAUCUUUGUAAAACCAUGUAAUUUCUUUA